AUUGUUUGAGUGGUUGUAAGUGAAAGGCGGAAUGUUAGACUAUUAAGCGCUCAAAAUGUCAGACAUUCUGACUACGACUCAGCCAUGUUCCUGGUUUAAAUCUGCCUAAUUGGCCGGGAGCGAAGCUAAUCCGAGGUCUAACUGAUUUUGGAAGGAUUUUAACUUGGUAACUAGCGAAACUUGCUGUAAGGAAGCAAAUGUUUAACAUAAUAUUUUGGGUGCUUUAUAAACGCGGCGGCAGGAUUUUUUAAUGAAAGAAAUUGGUUCGAAUUCUUAUUUUUGAUGUUAAGAUUUUUGUAUUAACAACAUUUUAACUGAAGGAGAGAUAAAUUAUUUGAAAAAUUAACAUUGCAUUGAGGAAGCGCAUUUACGUUUCAAAAAAAUUUGACUUCUCGCAAACUUUCUCUGACAGAUUACGAACUAAACCCUUAACAUGACAUUGGGAAAUUGGUACUUAAUAAGACAACUUACAGAAAACCUCAUUUGUGAUAAAACACCUAAAUUGUAAGAAAAAUGUUGAUUAGUAAAUUGUUCCUUCGAUUUUCCGAGCUAUGAGAAUUUUUUUCUUUCGGCAUUAAAUAAUCACCAAAUUUGAUUAUCAGGUACUCUUUAUUCGGUAGAUCGACUUGGCUUAGUUUUUCCAUAUUUCUGUAGUUACUUUGUUGAGCCGCACCUCUAAAAACGUUUUUUUUUUGCCACAGCUUGACAGCGAAAAAGGCAGCAGCGGCGAACAAACCACAGGAUACACGGCGCAGUCCUGUGACAGCCACGAUGUGAGGGUGAGGGUGUAGUUGUGGGGCAGGUGGGCAGAUGGGGGGAGUGGCGCGCCUGAACACUCCUUAAUUAAUUUCCAUGCGAAUGCGGGCGCCAUACGCUGGCCAGGCGCCGCAGGAUGUGUCCGCAGCCGCGGAACUGUGGAGCUAUGCAAAGUUAUGGCCAUGGGAGUUGGUGCUGGCCCACCCGGGCUCACUCGGUUACGUUGUCAGUUGCCAUUCACGCUCGGGACUAACCAGGUUGGCUGGCAGCUACGCAAGAGAACAGUAAACGAUGGGCAACAAAGUUGUGACAUUUACGGAGCAGGAACUGGACGACUACCAGGAUUGCACGUUCUUCACGCGCAAGGAGAUCCUGCGCGUGCAUAAACGAUUUCGUGAGCUGCGGCCGGAUUUGGUGCCUCGCCAAAUGACCGAAGGUCAGGCCUCGAGUGUUAAGGUUCCCUGCGAGUGCAUUGAGAAGAUGCCCGAGUUGCGUGAGAAUCCCUUUCGCCGGCGAAUAUGCGAGGCCUUCUCACGCGAUGGCCAGGGCAAUUUAUCCUUCGAGGACUUUCUGGACGCCCUCUCCGUUUUUAGCGAGCAGGCGCCAAGGGACAUUAAAGUUUUUACGCUUUCAAAAUUUAUGGUAAGUAAAUUUGAUCAGGACGGCUUCAUCGGGCACGCCGACCUCAUGUCCUGCCUGACAACAAUGACCAAGAAUGAGCUGAGUCCGGAGGAGCACCAGCAGAUUGCCGACAAGGUAAUCGAGGAGGCCGACGUCGAUGGUGAUGGCAAGUUAUCAAUUUUGGAGUUCGAGCACGUUAUACUCCGGGCCCCCGACUUCCUCUCCACCUUCCACAUCAGAAUAUAAAAUUGUCGUUCGCCCAAAUGCCACAGUGAGAAAAUAUCACCAAAUUAAAGGAUUUUUCAUUGGUGACAUCUUCAAGCAAUAAAAUGGUAAUGGAUAAA